CGCGCGACUGACGUAACACUCCAGCCGGAUUCGUCUGCCGAGCCCGUCCGCUGCCGUUUCACGCUCUCGUCCAUCUCGCCGUAGCGCACUUCACGCGCCGCACAAAAAUCAUAUUAUUACGGUAAAAUUAAAAUAAUAAUAAUAAUUUACAAAUUAUUUAUUAAUUAGUGAUAAAUAAUAAUUUAUUAUAACCUACUAUCGCGUGAAAUUUUCCUUCGACUACGUUUCGCGCCUUAUUAGUCGUCUCGCGUCCGCGUCGCUUAUUGGCCCCCGUCUUUACACUCGUCAAUUCGCUAGGGCAUGCCGUCAGAACGCCGGAACCGCAGAAGACAGCGUCGUACGAUCGCGGAACAUUUGAGGUUGCUGGCUCAGCGCAUCGUUGAACUAUACGGGCGCGUGGCGGAAGCGUACAAUCGGAUGCGAACGGGGCCCGUAUAUCCGGAACGGGACAUCAUACAGCGUCUGCAACACUCGUCUUGGCUAUCUCCGGUGUGUCGCGAGAGACGGAUGUGGAACCGUCGUACAGAGGAAUAGAAACGACGGGUCGGCCGAAACCGGCUGACCAACGUUGCCGCCGAUAAGCGAAAGCAUCGGCGCGAUUAUCGGGCACGCCACAACACUUCCGAACGGCACCGUACGACGACUAGAAGGGCUACAACGGCAAACGACAGUGACGACGACAGCGAAGACGACGUAGACGACGACGAGGGUGACAGAGAAGCAGACGAAUCAAAUAGAAUCGCCUACAUCGACGAAGAGGAAGAGGACGACGACGACGACUUUGUAGCCAACACGGCUCCACUGUUUGAGACGCAAGUCUAAAACUAUAACCAUUGUCAUGGCUCAACUGUAUUAUUUAUCAUAUGAAACUCCCAAAAUUAUUGUGGUUUACGCAAAAGUUCCCAAAACUCCGUUCAACUUACUCAUAUCAAUUUUCUAUAAAGAUCGUUUUAUAUACUUUCUCUCCUUCACGGUUGCAAAGAUAUUGUUGCGUUACUUCGAGUUUCAUCCACUACGUAUCCACUGCAGUAGAAGGAAGUCUCAAAAAAAUAAGAUAAUACCACUUCGAAAGAUUCGACUCAGCCGCUUUCUUAAAGUUAGUGAAUUAAUAGAUUUUCUGCGUUAUAAUAAAUGUAUUGAUAUAUUAUACAAACGAAUGUUUAUGCGAUAUACGUACACAAAAUUACGUUCAAGUGGUCGGUUUGCUAAAAAUCGUAAACUAUUUCCACUUUUUUAUUUUUUCAUAUAAAAAACCACUGAUACGUUUUUAGUCUACUCCUAGAAAACAUAGUAAUUUCUUAACAAGUUCAUUAAAAAAAUAAAAUAAAAUUGUGUACCCUUAUACAUAAUAAUUAUAUUAUCGCUUAAGUAUUAAAAAAUCUGCUUUUAGUGAAACUUUGAGAAUACUGUGGGUACUUAAUACUUAUAAUAGAAUAUUAGUAAAAAUGUAGAUUGCAUUGCGUAGUUCGUUUGAAUUUCAAUUGAGAAAUGAUCUAGAUAGUUAUAGCUUAUAAGCUAUUUAAAAACAUUAUUUAAUUAUAUAUUAUUAUUAUUAUUAUUAUAAUGUUUUAGGCCAGGGGUGACAACAUUUCCACGAUUCUUUCUUUUUUUUCUGGGUUUAAUUUUAAAUGAUAAAAAAUAUUAUGUGCAUAUAUGUAUAAAUUAUAAAAGAACUUAAAAUAAUUUUAUCUUUAUUUAAAUUCUUCAAUUCAAAUUGGUGUAGUUUCUAGCAUUAAAUCUUUGACAUAUUCUCUUUCAUAGAAAGUUUUCCUCACCAUUUGCAUUAAUAAUCUAUAAAUAGAUUUAUUUAAGAGGAUUAUAGCAAUCGGGUCAUUUAACGUUUAGUAUUUUAUCUAUACU